UUUCCCAGACAGAGGUUUCAAUUAAAAUUUAGACUGUUGGUUCCACUUCACCAAGAAGUCUGGAGGGAGAAAUUGCAUAAGCGCCAGCAGCCGGUAAAACCACAUUGGCUGGGACCUGUUUGAGAAAUCCCUCGCUUCAAGUCUCUGUGAUAAAGAGAAGGGCCUCAGACCUCCGUUGUUCGGUUGCACUCCAGUUGCCUCUCUGCUCCUUCCUUGGACCCAGAUACCUCCGGCAAAGCUUCACCACUGGUGCCAUGACCUCUUCGCUGCUGCUUCUUGCCGUGAUCCACUCAGUUCUUUGGUUCAGCGCUGAUGGUUUCGGAAGCUGGAUCAUUGGGGGCAGGGAAGCCAGGCCUCAUUCUUGGCCCUUUAUGGCUUCUAUCCAGAUGGAUGGGAAGCAUUUAUGUGGCGGCUUCCUUGUACGACGCCGGUGGGUGAUGACCGCAGCUCACUGUCUUAUUCCCAGGCGAUCCCCCUCUAUUCGUGUCGUACUCGGGGCCCACUCUCUGGAGACGCGUGAGGCCUCGCAGCAGAUCUUCGGCAUCCGGGAGUCUAUUGCCCAUCCACACUAUGAAGUUCAAACAGUGAAAAACGACAUCCGUAUGCUCAAACUGAACAGGUCCGUCAGGUUCAACCGGUUCGUGAAACGCAUCCUGCUUCCCCGUCCAGGGACCGAUCCCCGGCCCGGAGACACCUGUCGUGUGAUCGGCUGGGGGGACGUUUCCAAUUUUGGAACCACCCAGGCCAGACUGAUGGAACUCAACACAACAGUUCUCGAGAGGAGGGCGUGCAACGCCUCUUGGACCGGGCACAUCUUCGACUGUAUGAUCUGUGCAGGCAGCCCGAACAAGGGACUGCAUGGAUUCUGCGCUGGUGAUUCUGGCGGACCCCUGGUUUGUGGAAAACGAGUACAAGGAAUUGUUUCCUUCAAUGGGAAGAGAUGUGGCAACCGGCGUUUUCCAGAUGUCUAUGCCCGGAUCUCAAAAUACAUCAGCUGGGUCAAUGAAGUGAUAGGAAUAUUUUGAGGGCAGGUUGUGGCUAGGGCUGGAUUAAGACCUUUAGCGGUCCUAAGCACCUAAAAGAUUAUGGAACCCCCAUAUACUGAAUAUGUAAUUCAGAAUGAAAACAACAGUAAACCCUAAUAUAUAUACCUUCGAUUUCGAUUUCGAAUACCUUUAAUGGCAUAUAAAUAGUUUAAGAUUAACUUAGCAAGAUAAUAACAGCCUUUUACAACUUCUGACGAGUUAAAAUAACACCAUUAAAAAAUU